UUUCUUACUUUUCAAGGAUAUGCAAACAAGGCCUAUCUUGAUAUACGAAUGCUACACCAACGGAAGCAGCGUUGAUCCCCCGGACUCCGUGAAUAUUACAGUUCUUUUGGACGGGACUGAUCCAGCAACAUCGGUGGCCUCGGUCAUCCUUUGGUCUGCAUCAAAGGGAACUCCAAACUCCUACGUGACGAGCAACUUCCAGACACAUUAUGAUGCUGCUAGAGGUGUCGGUGUCCGCACCAAUUCAACUGCGACAGAAGAUACAACGGUUCUAAGAUAUUUCAAAGGCCAGUCACUUUACGUGAAACUUGAUAUCCCCAGCAAAAACAAUACUGAAGGUUACAAGAUCUAUGAUGUCGACUUCGAAUGCACGAAUGCAAAGAUUCUCUUGCGUGAAGUUUGUCCGUUUCAGUGCAACAUGAAACUGACCCGAGAACUGUAAAGCAGCCGAAACUGAAAGUGAUUUUGAUGCGCUUGUUUUUUAGCAUAUGGUCUAUUUGGCACUCUCGAUA